CACACACCCACAAUCUAAGACUGAAAACAGAACUACCGCCAGCAAAUACCAACUGCGAUCUUUCCAGAAUGCUGACAAGCUCUGAUUAUGCGGGGCAGCCAAGAUCAGAAGGCAUCUCUCAAUUAUAAUCGGAUGAAUUCAGGACAGCGGGUCCUCCCCACGACCAGGAAUGUUUACGGCAGCAUCCUCUCCAACAGAACUUCCGCCUUCCCUCUCCGCUCAGAAUAUACGUACCUGGGCAUGAGUAAGCGGAAGAAGUCUGCUCCUGCAAGAAAGGAAGAUGGAACGUCAUUGCACAUUGCAAGAACACUGAGAAAAAAACAUUUCCAAUCUGACAAGGAUCAGAAUACAGACACUACAGGCGAAGAAUGCAAAAUUACAACUGAACAGCAUGAUACAGAGGAUGUUGCCUUGAAACCUAGAGAGGAUAAAGAGCCAAUAACCAUAAGUCACAAUCUGGAAUGUAAAAAGCAAAGAACUGAUCUGACUGUACCAGCAGUGGAGGAAAAAGUUUCCAGAGUGAAUAUGUCUCAGGAAGAACACUUGGCACUUGCACUUUCCCAGAAUUCAGCUGGAAGAUAUGUUCCUGUCUUUCCAAAGCCAAAAAAUCGACUUAUUCAAUGUGACUCUUCGAAGAAUGUUAUGGUGAAACCAAAUAAAGAGAGUGCCAAUGUCAGUAAAACGGAAGGCGACGACAGUUCUCAUAACCUGGUUCUUGAGAGUUCAGGAUUCUGCUUGGCUGCCACCGAACAGCAAGUGCAGGCUUCACAACAGCCUUCAGAGCAGAUUGCCCUUAACUCAAGUCAUCUAGUUUCUAAUGUGUCAGAGAAAGAGCAGCAGGAGACUCGAGUAGAUGAGGACUGCAUUCACCAAGGAAGUAAGAGCAGUGUGUCACUUUCAAGAAUGCAAGAGGGAACAGACUUUGUAGACCAUGCAAUAGAAGGGUUGACAUGCUACUCAGACUCCAUGAAUUCUGCUGUAACUGAAGUAAGGCAGGAAAGCAGCCAACUUCAUGAAAUGGUUGUGCUUUGCAGCACUCCAAUCCCAGUUGCUCCCAGUACAGCAUUUGAGCAACCACUAACUCAAUCGCAACACAGAACACUGAAUUUAAGCAGCUCUUUCUCUAAGAGUGAGCGAUUGCACCAUUCUUUAUACCAGGAAAUAAAUGACAAAGGGCUAGUCACGCAUGAGGAAUUGGCAAUAUCCCAAAAUGAACAAACCACAAGCACUAUAGCAAUCAAUAACACUGACCAGAAUGUAGAAAGCAGAAUUCAUACUCCAGAAGUGUUAAGGAAUUUCAGCUAUGGAGAGAAGAUCCAUAAUGUAGUCUGUGAAGGGAUAGAUGUUAACAAACAGGAAGCGUUUACCCGAAUGACUCUGGUCACAGAUCCAUUUGCACAGAGUGAUUUGAAAGAGACAACUUGUUCACGACCUGCUGACCUGUCACUUGAUACUAAUGCUGAAAAUCAGCUGGAAACCUUCAGCUCAAGUUCUCAGGCUAAUAUAAUUGAUGAACAUCAAAAUGUCAAUGAGAAACUGCCAAUGUCACCCAGAUCAGUGAGAAAUUUUGUCUCGAAAAACUAUGAUGAUUACCAAAAGGACUCUAAUGGUAAUUGGUCUGACGUGAAUGUCUCUGGUCACUCUGUUACUGAGAUGACUGACAAUAUAAUUCUCCCCAAAGAUUCAGUUGAUCAAGAUGUUAAAAGUAAAUAUGUUUCAGAAAUUGAAAGGAUACAUCCUGGUGACCAAACAGAAAAUGACAUGGCAACAAACCAUAAAUAUCAGAAGAUCAUCCUGGAAUCUUAUGAAACUUUUCAUGGUUGUGGGGGUAUUGAGGGGUGUAAUUCUGUAAAUUGUGGUAAUGCUAGUGAAGAAACAAAGCUGCUUAUCCAGGAAACAUUAAGUGAAAAUCAAGGCAAAGGUGCUAUAUCAACUCACUAUGCAGAGCAGAAAUGUAAUUCCUUUGCACAAUGUCAAGGCAGUGUAGGAGAACAAUGCAUUGGACACAGUCAAUCACAAUUUUUAGAAACUCAGUUAGCUGACUCAAUACUCGAUUGCUCACAAACUGACAUGUCGAAGAGCCUUGUGGAUUUUAAGGUGUGUACAAGAAAUUGCCUUAGUUCUGAGCCAGAACACCUGGAAAGUGACAACACUGUUCCACAACAGCUGGGUACAAAUAUCACCCCUUUGCAAGCAGCUAUCUGUCCAGCAAAGAAUGAAGAAAUUAUUCCUGAUAAUGAAAUAAAUCAUCAUCAGAUACAUUUUAGUAAUGGAAACGAUACGGAGAUCACCAAAGAACAAAUAGUGAGUAAAAUAUCAUUGGCCACUACUGAAGGAAUAAUAUAUAAUACAUUGUCAUCAUUUGAUAAACUGGGUUUCCAGACUAGAAUCCACGUGAGCGGCAUUAAAGAUCCAGCCAAGGUAGAUUUAAGUAGAAGAGAAAUUAACCAUGACGUUGUUGUUAAACAAAGGAAUGAGGAUGUUAUUGCAUCUUUACAGUUACCUGGCAGUGGAAUUGAAAAAGAUGCUACUAAGUGUCAUCAAAAAGGAAAAGUAAAGAAACAGAUUCAAGACGAAGGAAAUAUGGAAUGUGGGGGUGGGACCAACUAUAGUGAUGGAGAAUCCAGUGUAGAAGAACACAUGCUUCCAUCUUUAAUGGGCCAACUUAAGGAAGAAGAAAGUUUAGUUAAAUAUGGUACUUCUGAUCAGAUAGUUUAUUCUGUGGAAGAGAUGGAUUUGCAACUGGGUUAUGACUUUGCAACUGGAGACAAGAACACAGUACCCAGAAGUCCAAAUCUAACAACCAUUUCAGUAGUUUCCUCUCAGUACAAAUCUGAGGAUGUCACAGCAAGGCACAGAGGACCAACUUCAAAUGUUGAAACAGCAAAAGCUUCUGUUCAUACAAGAAUAAAUGCAGAAACCGGUCACAGGAUAAAUAAUGUUAAUGAAUGUAAGGGUUACGGUUCACCUCUGGUGAAUGAGAGAUCCUCCAGUAAGACUCAGGAGAGGAUUAAUGCUCAACAUGCAUCAACAUUUUGGACUGAGAACCAAAAGGACAAAAGUGAGCAAAAUCCAUGGUCCGGUACAAAUUGUAAGAUGACGCACUCUAUAUACAUUGACCUUUGUGGAGGUGCAGCGUAUUACUCCACAUUUGCGCUUUACUCUUUGUUAGGCUUGACCGAUUUGUGUGAACAGGCGUUCAGCGUCAUGAACAUCAACAAAGCCAGCCACAGAUCCAAGUUAACUGACCAACACCUCAGAUCCAUCCUGAGAAUCGCCACAACAAAACUAAAUCCAGACUUUGAUGCGCUGGCUAAAAAGGGAGACCAACAACACUGUUCCCACUGAAAUUAAAAAUAAGUUUCUUCGUUGUGUUAUGUAAAAAAUGCAUUUGAAAAUAUUUUUUUCAAUAAGCCUUACAUGUUACAUGUCAUUUCUGUUAAGUGAUGGACAUGAGUAGUGCGCAGGUGCACGUACGUUCUCAAAAUAAAAAAUGCGCUCCAGAUCAAAUAACGCGCUCCGCAUACU